AUGGCGCCUGAUCUCAUUGCUCCUCACAGUGCACCCAUCUCAGCUUACAUGAGCGUUCAUUCAGCCACCAACCUGGCUUAUGUGCGUUAUUUUGGUAGACAGGACAGUGCCGUGUCGGCCACAUUCAAGAGUCUUAACUCCCGUACAUUCACUGUUGAAUACAUUCUGGGUGAUGGAACAAGGGGAGAGUCUGUCAUUCCCUUUCCUCAUCUCUUGACACGCCGAGAAGAGAUUCGCCCUGUGUUGGAAUCUAUGGCCAAAGAAGCUGAGUCAGCAUUAGGCUUGCCUAGUUCAUUAUCAGGUCCUCCACCUUUAAAUGCUAUUGCCAAAGCUAUGUAUGCUCAGGCUACAAACAUGUACACACCUGAAGAACCCGCCGCUCCGUUGGAUGUAUUUUAUAAUGCAGAUCCUUUUUGGCAAAUGAUGAUUGCAGCCGGUCUGGGUUUAUUGUUCUUGUAUCGUUAUGCUCCCGAUACCUAUAUUCGCCAGCAUUUUCCUCAAGCCCUCAUACAGUUCCGAAACUACCUUGGCCCAAAAAUGAUUGAUAACAUUUGGCGCACUACGGUACUAGUUCACGUAUUUGAGAGUUUUGCUACUAUGGUGACUUGUAUUCGACGUAAAUGGUACAGCCCAAUCAACAUUGCCAAGUGGACUGCCAGUUCCUUUAUAUUUGGGGUUGCUUCGAUGAACAAACUUGUUCAGCAUGGAAAGGAAGUUCGUCAUGGUAUGAAAUACGAGUAA